GAGGGGAUCAUCUGACCACGGCCUGAGGCGCCCGUCCUCAUCCACGGCUUCGCCUUCAUUUAUCAACCCUUGUCAUUCUUGUCAUUCCUUUUCUUUAUUCCCUAUAUUCCCUAUAUUCCUUGGCUUUUCCCCUCAUUCGCUACUUUCACUUCUUUUGCUGCGAAAAGCUUCUCCCUCUGCUCUCGGCUGCUGCGCCAAUGCGGUUAGAGUCCAGUUCGAGUCCCCGCGUUGGCUAUUCUGGAAAUUACCACUCGUUUCAUUAUCCUUCCCUUUGGCCUGAGGAAGAUCAAGGUUCUCUUAAGGGCGUACUCUAAGGGCGCGCGUUGUCGCCUCCCCUCGCCAUGUUGCUCAAGCCCGCGACACCCCUCACCAUCCUAUUGCUGAUCGCAUUUGCGCUGCUACUGCUCUCAUGCCUGUCAACCCCCAUUAUCAAGGGAAUUCCCUUGGCGACCUUCAAGGACGUCGAUUACGGUGUCUUUGGAUAUUGUAAAGGCAAUGCCUGCACCAAUAUUCAUGUCGGAUACACCAGCAAUGAUAUUAAUAGCACCGGCGAUGAUUUCAAUCUCCCGUCCAGUACCCGCAAAUCCCUCUCCUCGAUCCUCAUCAUUCACCCAGUCGCCGCAUUCCUGACCCUCGUUUGUCUCUGCCUGGCGGCCGCGGCCCACUUUCAUGGGCCCUCCCACUCGCCGCGCUUCCUGUUGGCGCUCCUUAUUCUGCUUUUACCAACACUGCUCGUAACUCUGCUGGCAUUCCUGGUGGAUAUCUUGCUCUUCGUACCGCAUCUAGGAUGGGGUGGUUGGAUCGUCCUGGCGGCGACUAUCAUCCUGGUCUCUUGUGGGGUGGUCACCUGUGCCAUGCGCCGGACCCUUGUGAGCCGCAAAGCAAGGAAGCGCCGGAUCGCAGAGAAUGCUGAAAUGAGCGGAGAGAACUAUUACAAUCGACAGAAUGCUACUGCACCUCCGGUGCCUGCUCCCGCCGCUUCCGAAACCAAGGAAGCCUUUGUAACUGGGUCCCCUUCCUUCGAGGCAGGUCCGACCUUCGCGACCUUCAACACUGAGCGCCGUGACAGCGACGAUGACCGGACCCCUCUCAAUUCGCAGACCCCUAUGAACGACGUGCCGCCACCUCCAGACCGUCGCGGAACCCCCUACGGCGCGCAAGAUGAACUAGGCAACAUGCCACCCCAAGGUCCUUAUGGUGGCGGUCCGAUGACACGAAAUCCCUCCGACCCCCGAAUCCGUCCUCAGUAUUCGAAUAGCAGCAUGGGCUCUCAACGGGGAGGUGCGCCGCCUGGCUUCAAUGGACGCGGACGCGGUGGAUAUCCUCCCAGGGGCGGCUAUGGACGCGGGGGACCCUAUAUGGGACCUCGCGGACCUUCUCCUGGCCAACGAGGUGGUUACAUGGGACCUUCGCCUCCCCGCGGAGGUCGCGGAGGCAUGAUGCCACCCCGGGGUCCACCCGCUGGCUAUGCCGCCGCCCCUACUAACUUCGAUGCAUAUGGCCGGCCUGUAUCGCCUCCCCAGAAUGAUCCGUACGUCUAUGAAUCAUCACCGGGUCCGAUGCGCCAGCCCUCUCCCGGUCCAAUUGGUAUGGCCGUGUCACCAGAGACGGUGGGUCAAGCCAUUGAAAUGCAGCCUCAAUCCCGACGCUACGAUGCGCCUGAGCCCAGCCAAUUGAUCAGCGGCGGUCCUCAUGCACUUUCGGUUGACGGCCGGCAUGCUCCUCUUGAAAGUCCGACGAGCAUGUACAGCCGACCUGAGUCCUACGUCCCUCCUCGUUCGGGCUGGAAUUCCAAUGACCGUCAGACACUGUCACCGCGGCCAAACGGAUCGCCUCAGCCAGGUAGUUACACUGGUACAAAUUACUACGAAGACGUGGAUCCGCGUUUCGCUCGUCGACCAUCGCCUCAAAACGAUGCCCCGGUUCCCUCAUCUUUGAUGCCUGGGGCUCCUCACAUUUAACGACUCUCUUGGUUCUGUGGUAUCAUAUCACACUUGAAACGAUUGACCGGCUCAUUCGACGCUCUGCGAUACCCUUUUCACUUCUUUGGCUAAAUUUGAUCACGAUUUAUCUCCCCAAUACACAUCCAUACCACGGCGAUGUGGUCUUGGCUGGGGAUGGAGUUCCGGACUCUGCUCUUUCUUUUCUCUUCCCUGAUAAACGAUCUCUCUGGGCAUACUUUUCGGCGUUUCAUCUUGUCCCAUCUGCAAAGUCAGAUACAUGGUACGGACAACCUUUGAAUGCUGAGCCGUGCUCUGCCUGUUCAAUGUAUAGCAGUAGGUGGGUGCGAUGUACAGAAACGAUAUUGAGGAUUCUGGACCUUUUCCCAGGCCCAAAGUACUUGAUGCUGCUUUUGGUUUGAGCUUCCCUUCUACCUUAUUUUCUCUUCCACUGGAUGUUUUGAAUUGUACACAACGCAAAUCCACAUACUUAUCUCG